CGAUUUUCCCCUUCUUUCCCGCCUGGCGACAGCCAGCGACGGCAUCCUACAUUUUCUUGUUGUUGUGACAAAACACUUACCAGCACAUCAUGAAGUACGUUCUUGUCAGUGGUGGUGUCAUUUCCGGCAUCGGGAAGGGCAUCAUCGCCAGUUCGACAGGCUUGUUGCUCAAGACUAUGGGUUUGAAGGUUACAAGCAUCAAGAUCGAUCCAUAUCUGAGUAUGAAACCACCACGAAUUGCAAAACCCUCCUUCUUCUCUUCGAAAUCAUCUAACAUUAGCAAAAAACUCAGACGUCGAUGCUGGCACGAUGGCCCCUACCGAACAUGGUGAAUGUUUUGUACUCGACGAUGGAGGAGAGGUUGAUUUGGAUCUUGGAAACUAUGAACGCUACCUCAACAUUACCCUCACGCGAGAAAGCAGUAUCACCACGGGCAAGAUUUACCAGCAUGUCAUCGAGCGGGAACGACGUGGUGACUACCUGGGCAAGACUGUACAAGUCGUUCCUCACAUCACGAAUGGUAUUCAAGACUGGAUCGAGCGCGUUGCAAGACAACCCGUGGAUGACACGAAUGAAGAGCCGGACGCCUGCAUAAUUGAACUUGGUGGUACGGUGGGUGACAUUGAAAGUGCACCUUUCAUCGAGGCCAUGCGACAACUGCGGAGAAGGGCUGGUCGGGACAAUUUCAUUCAGAUCCACGUCUCCCUGGUGCCGAUAGUGGAGGGUGAACAAAAGACCAAACCGACACAACAAGCGAUCCGAGAGGUGCAAUCAAGAGGAUUGUCACCUGAUCUGAUCGCAUGCCGAUGCUUGGAACCUCUUAUCGAGGCCACCACCAACAAGAUCGCCAUGUUCUGUCAGGUAGAGCCAACCCAGGUCAUUGGCGUACACAACGUCGACUCGACCUACCAUGUGCCCAUGCUCCUGGAGAAACAAGGUCUCAUCCUGCAACUUCGCGAAAUGUUUCGCCUGGACCACUUGACUCUGGCCCCGGCGCUGGUCGCCAAAGGGCAGCAGAUUUGGCACGAUUGGAAAACCCUGACGUCCUCACAGAGUCGACGAAUGCACCUGGACGAAGUCACAAUUGCCUUGGUCGGCAAGUACACCAAUCUACAUGACUCGUACCUCUCGGUUAUUAAGUCUUUGGAACAUUCUGCCAUGGCUUGCAACAGGAAACUAAACCUGGUCUGGAUCGAUGCCAGCAACCUCGAGAAGGCGACAAUGGAGUCGUCUGCCGAGUCAUACCACAAGGCAUGGCACGACUUGUGCACGGCUGACGGUGUGUUGGUUCCCGGUGGAUUUGGCCAUCGAGGAACAGAAGGUAUGAUCGCCGCGGCGAACUGGGCCCGCACGAAGCCCAAGCCGUACCUUGGAAUCUGUCUCGGCAUGCAGCUUGCCGUCAUCGAGUAUGCACGAAACGUGUGUGGGUUGAAAGAGGCCGGUUCCGUCGAGCUGGACGAACGAACCCCGGACCCCGUGGUCAUCUUCAUGCCCGAGAUCGACAAGGCCACCAUGGGUGGGAACAUGCGACUGGGUCUUCGCGCGACCAAUUUUCAGGACAAGACCGAAUGGUCCAAACUGCGAAAACUCUAUCACGGUGAGCCGUCGAUCCACGAACGACAUCGGCACAGAUACGAGGUCAACCCGGCUUACAUUGAUCGUCUUUCCGGUUUGAAUUUCAUCGGCAAAGACGAGACGGGCGAACGUAUGGAGAUUAUCGAGUUGAAAGACCAUCCUUUCUUUGUCGGAGUCCAGUUCCACCCAGAGUACCUGAGUAGGGUGCUCAAGCCUAGUCCGCCUUAUCUGGGCUUUGUCGCUGCGAGUGCCGGCGUUCUCGAGCAGGUGAUUUCCAAAACCCAUGCCAACUAAUGGGUUGUUUUUGGUUUGAGAUCUUUUUUUGUUCGGGGCUCGACGAGGCUUCGACGAUAAACUCGCACGGGACAUUCUGGAUAUUUCGGGCAGAUAAAUGCACUAGACAUAAAUAGGUUGUGGGCAAAUCUCUGGGGUUGUGUAGGUUUUUUGUUUGGUUACCUUAGCUAGAAAAGAGGGUAUGAUGUUAUG